AUGGUUGACAUCCAGAUUCUCAGUGAUCUUCACCUUGAAUUUGAACGAGGAGAAGACCCCUUGUACACGUUCGACUUUCCUGCUUGUGCCCCCAAUCUCGCCUUGCUCGGCGACAUCGGAUGGACACGAGAUGAACGGCUAUUCGUCUGGCUAGAGUUCCAGCUGACGCGCUUUGAACGCGUCUUUUUCGUCUCCGGGAACCACGAGCCGUUUAUCAGGACAUUGGCGGAGAACGAGACAUCUCUGGAGGGAUUCGCAUCCAAAUCUGUCGAAGCCCGCGAAGUCGACAAGUCCAGGGGAGAAUUCAUAUUCCUCAACAGGAGGCGAUAUGACAUCGCUCCUGAUGUGACCAUACUUGGAUGUACACUAUGGGCGGCGCUCGACCAAGAUAAGCUCGACAUUCUCUCCUGGGCCGUCAACGACUUCGCCCGGAUUACCAACUUUAAACCAACGGACUAUAUUCAAGCCCAUGAGGCGGACGUCAGUUGGCUGAAGGGUUCCGUUGAGACCAUCCGCGAAGAGGAUCCUGCCAAAAAGGUCGUAGUCUUCACACACCAUGCCCCAACGGUUCAAGGUACUGGGAAUCCCAAGUACGAUGGCGGGAUACUUAGCAGUGCCUUUGCGACUGAAUUGACCACGACUUCCUGGUGGGGUCCUCCGAUUGUCCUUUGGGCGUUCGGGCAUACGCAUUGGUGCUGUAACUUUGAAAAAAAUGGUGUCAAAAUCUUCAGCAAUCAGCGCGGAUAUGGCAAGGGUGCGGAGGGUUUUGACGAAACAAAGGUUAUCUCUGUGUAA